GUACAUGGGGAGUCGUAGCCGGAGCCCGGGAGCGGGGAGAGGAGAAGCGGCAGCGGGAGGAAGAAACGUAAAAUUACUCGCAAACUGCAUGGACUGGUAAGAAAAUAGUGUCAGAAACAUGGCACAAUUUGGUAAAGUCAUAGUUAUCAAACGUACUGGAGCAGAUGGAUGCAACUUUCCUUUGACAUCAUCUUCAUGUUUGUUUGGAAGGAAAACAGACUGUGACAUACGUAUCCAGUUGCCUCAUGUUUCGAAAGAGCAUUGUAAGCUCGAAGUGAAUGAAAAUAAUGAGGUUAUUUUAACUAAUUUGAGUGAAGUGAAUCAUACAUUGUUAAAUGGUGAACCUAUACAUCAUUCUGAACGUCUAAAACACCGUGAUACAUUCACAGUUAUUGAUCGCUCUUUCAGAUUUGAGUACCCGUUGGAAUCAGUGCACAACACGAGCCCAAGGAAAAAACGGAAUUCAUCAAUCUUGAAAAAUGAAACUCUACAAGUUCUUCAUGUUCAGCAGGAAAUAGAUGACGAUUCACAAUCUUCUGUUAAAAGUCGAUCAUCCUCGAGUGGACAUAAAUCUGAUAAGAUAGUGGAUAAAGGCUUCAAAGUACGAACAAAACCUUCAAAGAGUACACCAAAUGGAACAGAAGAUCCUACUCUACAGAGUCAGCACAGAAGAAACUCCACAAAGAUACAUAAUGAUGGGAAAGCAAAGCAUGUUGAAAGUUUAUCACCUUUCUCCAAACUAUAUGAAAUGGUCAAGGAGGAGGCCACAAAACCAAUUCAGACUAAACCAAACAAAGUUGAUAUGUCUGCAUCAAUUGACAAAAGCAAUACUGACUUGAAAAGAGAAGCAAGUAUUCCAGCAAAAGAAUCCAAUGUCCCAAUUUCUCAAAAUGGUAAAAAUUCUCGCACAUCAGAAAGUGAAAGAACAUUGAGGAGGACGAGCAAGAUUAAUUUUGAAGAUGGAAUGAUGGCAACAAGUGGUGAAAAUAAAGAGAAGAGGGAACAGAAUCCUCAGCUAAUUCAAGAUAUUGCAAAUGCAGACUUUUCCAUUCUCCAAAAGAACACACUGGAAAUAAUCAAAUUAAAAGAAACAUUUUCAAAAGCAAAGGAUAAAUCAAUAACACCUUUAUCUAAGGGUGCAAACGGGAAAGAGCAAAAUAAUGAUCAGACAGCUAAAGGUACUCCAAAAGAAAAACGCAAGAAUCAAUCUAUCAAUUAUGAAUCAUUAAGUUUGGAUGCAGCUCCAAAGAAAAUUGAGGAGAAUCUUGAACCAUCGGUGAACAUAGGACAAAAUUUAGUUGUGAAACAUGAAUCAUUUGAAACAGAACACACAUCUGGUAACAAUAAGAAGAGAAAAGAUGAAACUCCAAAAAUGUUUGUCCAAAAGUUGUUGCAUGGUAAAAACAGGGAUGAAGUAGAUAUUGAAGCAGAGCAAUUUGAAACAACAAAGUUUUCUGAACCUUCUGUUGCAAAAUCUGUGGUGGAAAAUUUGGUUGGCAAAAAAUGUACGCCAACUAGGAAAAAGGAGGAAAGAUUUGACACACCCAAAAGACGAAGCAGAUCAUCAUUACAUAAUAAAAAUGUGGAUGGUGAAGAUAUUCAUUUAGAGAAAGUUGAAUCGACAAAUAUUUUGGAAUCUUCAGUUGCAGAAUCAGACAAUGAAAAUAAUGCAGUCAAUAAGUCCGUUAAAGUAGGCCAGGAGAAUAUUGACACCCCAAAAAGACGAAGCCGAUCAAUACGAAAUAUAGAUGUGGAUCGUGCUUAUAUUGAUUCCGAGCAAGUUGCAUUUACAAAUGUUUUGAAAUCUUCAUUUGCAAAAUCGGACGUGGAACAUGAUACUGUGAAGUUAGAACUCGCGCCGAUGAAAAUAGGUGAGGAAAAGGUUGCCACCCCGAAAAGCCAAAAACUAAAAUUGUUGCACAAUAAAAAUGUGGAUUGUCGAGAUAUGGAGUCAGAGCAAGUUGAAUCUACAAAUGUCUUGGAAAUUUCACUUGCAAAACUGAACACAGAACCUGAUGCAGUUAAUUUAGGACUCGUACCAAUGAAAAUAAGUAAGGAAAAGGUUGACUCCCCCAAAAGAAGAAGCCGAUCAUCAUUGCGUAGUAAAAAUGGGGAUGGUGCACAUAUGGAGUCAGAGCAGGUUGAAUCUGCAAAUGUUUUGGGAUCUUGCAUUGUAAAAUCUGGCAUGGAAAAUGAUACAGUCAGCAAGGGACUCAUGCCAGCUAAGAUAGCUGAGACAAAAGUUCACACCCCCAAAAGGCAAAGCCAAUCAUCAUUACUUACAGAUGUGAAUGAUGCAGAUUUUGAUUCAGAGGAAGUUAAAUGCACAGAUAUUGUGGAUUCUUCAACUAAAAAAUUACAGAAGAAAAAUAAUUCUGUUGAUGAGGGGCACUUCACAGCUAAUAUAGAUGAAGAAAAGGUUAACACGGAUGAAAGAAGAUCAUUACGCAACAGCUGUGUGCAAACUGAGAUUACAACAGUUAAAAUCAAUGAGGAAAUGGUAGAUACCCCCAAAAGACGAGGCAGAUCAUCAGUACAUUAUAAGAAUGUAGAAGCUGCAGAUAUUUGUUCAGAGCAAACUGAAUUUACAAAUGUUUUGCAGUCUUCAGCUACAAAAUCCAAAAGAGGUAGAACAUCAUUGCGUGACAGAAAUUUGGAAACACUAGAUGUUCAAGCAGAGCAGGCUGUAACAGCAGAGUUGUUGGAAUCUUCAAUUACUGGAAAAUCUGAGCUUGAGGAUAAAUUGUCAGAAAUGCAGCAUGUUGACCUCCCAAAAAUUCAAGAUGAAUCGUCGCCUUGUAAGGAAAAUAGGCAAACUCUUUUAAAAAGCAAAUCGCCUGUGUUGAGAGAUGGUGCCUCUCCCUGUUCAACAUUUCAGCGAAGCAAAAACUGGGAAAGUAAUGUGAUUGAAUACCUGACGGAAGCAGAAAGUUUGAAGCGAAAAGAUUGGACAUCUAAAAGUCCACAAAGAGACCUCAAUGAGCAAACUGGGAAAGGUUCCCCAAGCUCAUCCAAAAAGCGCAGAAGUGAAAAUGAAAAAACUUGUGGUCCAGUUUUAAAGAGAAAGAGAGUCUCUUUUGGUGCAAACUUAACCCCAGAAGUAUUUGACAAGCGUAUGCCACCAUGCUCUCCUCUGCGAAAGGGAGGCACUCCGACUCGAGUGAGCACACCAUUUAGUCGUGCAUUGCUGAAACGUGCAUCCAGUAUAGGGACACGUGCAUUUGCAAUUCAGGAAUGCAGUGAACAAAAUGAAAAUAAUACAACUUCCCCAAUGUCAAAUAUUGAUUCAACAAGAGUUUCUCCAAGGAAAAACAAAAUGUCCCCUAACAAGGUGUCUCGAUCAACAACAAGAAUAAAAUCAACUACCAAAAGGUCACCUUCAGCCAAGAUAUCUUCAUUAAUUACUGAGCAAUCAUCUAAUGUCAAGAAUUCUUCAGGAAAAAUGUCCUCCCCGUCUUCUGUGAAAAGUUCACCAGCUUCAGGAACUCGUUCACAAAAGAAGCUUUCUUCUUCAGAUACUAUGUUGUCCAGCGGAGUGUCCUAUCCAAUCACUGCUGGCUUGUUUGGUUCUCCACAGCUGAAGGGACGCUUCUCCAUUUCUCUUGUUGCUGCACCUCCCAGCUUAACUAGAUCUGCAAAGUCUCUCGGUCUGGCACAGUUGGAUCAAUCUCAACAGAAACCAAGUUCUGGGGGGAAAAAAUCCAGAAAAAGCACAAGGAGAAGUGUUUCACUUCUUGCAGGAAUACAAUCUAGGAGGCAGAGUGGAGCGUCAUUUGGGAACUUGUUGGUGAAAAAGUCAUGGGCGCAGGUGGUAAAGGAAGGAGUAGCAAGACCUCAGUUGCGGAAUGCUGCAAAGAAACCUGCUGUAAAGCGAAAACGGGCCAAGAAUGUCAUCUCGAAAGUGACACCUGCUCGUUUAGUGAAAGAACAUUUUAGUACUGGUCAUGCUGCUUCACCAGUAACAAUAGUCAUUGGCAAAUCACAAGCUACUAAUACUAAACCAACUGGACAUGCUCCACGGCCAACAAGAACUGUUUCAUCGAGGCGGAAAGUUAAGGAAAUGGAUGAAAGCUUUACAGGUGUGGCUGAACUGUUCAGUACUCCCGUAACUUUAUAUGAGAGAGCAAAUCCAUUAUUAAAGGCCUCGAACAUUGUUGAUGAUCAAACGGCUUCAGCUGUUCCAAUAUUUCAGAAAACACUUGAAAACUCUGCUACCAAAACACCCAAGGAAGCUGGUGUAAAGAGUGACACACCACUAACAGUCUCUGUUGCAAGACGCAAAGCAGUUUUGCGUCUGCUAAAAUGCCGAGCUGAUUUAUCUUGUAGUUCAAACAGUCCUUGUGAAACCACAUUCAAGGUAACUGAAAUGCAUAGCGAUGCAGAAAGCAAUGGAGACCCUCAAAGAACCAUGAAGACACCUAGUGCGAAAGGGCAGGCCUUGGAAGACAUUGCUGGUGUGAGCAAAAUCGUUAAGACACCUAGAAUGAAAGGGCAAUCUGUGGAAGAUUUGGUUGGUGUGAAAAGAAUCAUGAAGACACCUAGAGUGAAACUGCGACCUGUGGAAGACAUGGUUGGUGUGAAAAGAAUCAUGAAGACACCCAAAGCUAAAGAGAAUCAAAUAGAACAUUUUGUUGGGAUACACAAGCUGUUGGCUGAAUCUAAACAAAAACCAAAGAGUCCUGAGAUCAAUUAUGUUGGAAUUAAGAACAUAUUCUGUGCAGAAAAAGAAAUGGAAAACUGUGACUAUAGUGGUUUGAGUGAAAUUUUUUCAACUCCCGUAAACACCGGAAGAAUUUCUGAUUCCAAGCUGCAAAUCUGUUUGAGUACAAAUAAACCUUCAUUCACUGAGAUGAUAUGUGAUGAUGGACAGACAACUGAAACAUCAGAAGAUAAUAUCAUCCAAAUUGUGGAAACGCAAAAUGAAGUAUCUAGAAAAGAAACUUCUUCAAGCGGAACACCAAGAGCUCGGGUGACAAGGACAAGUGGCGUUCGAGCCAAAAGUAUACCUUCACCUUAUCAAGAAGAGUGUAUACAAGGAUCCUUUCAAGUUGAAACUUCACACACAUUUGCAGACAAUGGCCUUAUUGAUUUUCCACAGAUGGAAAUAACCGAAUGUAAAGAUGAACAGUCUUUAAUAAGCACCCAAGUUUCACCAGCAAAUAAAUCAUUAAAAGAAAGUAAAAUAAAAGUCACAGGUGCCAAAGAAUCAAUAAAAAAUACACCAGCCAAGAAUGGUACUGAGGAAGUAAGUGAAAUGAACUUAACAAAGACGUCUUUAGAGAAGAAAACCCCAGAUGUUGAUUCAAAAAUAUUAUUUAUGCCAAGCAAAACUACACCAGGCAAGAAACUAUCUUCCUGCAAGCAAACUGGGGAAGUAAUUAUGUUCAAUGCACAGAAAGGGAGAUCACCAAAAGAAAAUUAUGUCAUUCCAAAUGUUCCCAAUGUUGAAUUUGAAGUGCCUGAAUCGACAACAAUGAGCCCCAUAAUGAGCAAGAAUGGAUCGCCAGAUAAAAAAAUCAAGGAAAUGAACAAUCUAGCUUCCCCAGUGACCAAAUCAUUGCAAGGGAGGAAGAAUGCCAAAGAAUUAUUUACAGCUGGUAAAAUCACACCAACCCUGCAGUGUCAAGAUGGUAAAAAUCAUGAAAUAAAAGAUCAGGCUUCACCAGAAAGAAAAUCAUUAAAAGACAAUGAAAUUAAACGUGAUCAAGGUGUUGAAAUAAGAAGUCCAACUACUUUGGCUACAAGCGAGGGACAGAUUUUAAUGGCUGAAAUUGAAGAGGUGAUCCCCUUACCUCCAAGAAAGAGACCACAAAGGAGUAAAACAACAAAAAAUUACAAAGCUACUGGAGUAGAAGAAGCUACUUCUGUUGCAAAGACCUCACAAAGUAAGAAGGGAGCACAGUUCGGACAUGUUGAUGAGCUAGUUAACUCUCCUUUGGAAAAGUUAGCACAAAAGAAAGACGUUGAAAACGUUGAACCUGAAGUUAUGAACAAUAAACAAUUGACAAAAACAUCCAUCGAAGUUGCAGAAGUUAUAGAUCUUACAGUUAAAGAUGUAAACGCACCCAUUGCAAUAGGAAGACCACGACGCAAAAAGAAUACUGAAGAAAUGGAGAUACAGAAAUCACCUAAAAUAACAAACACGAGGAAAAAGGCAGCUUGCUGCACACGAGUUGAAGUAACGGAAUCCAAUAGUUUGCAAAUUAGUGCAACAAAUCAGGAAAAAAGUAACAAAGCAAUAUCUCUCCCUCGGGGCUCUGUGACAGAGGAAGCAAAGUCUGAAAAUGUGGAAGUACCUAAAAUGAUAAACUUGGCUGGCUCCACAUUUAGAUCAACAAGACAAAAGAGAGUCUUUGAAGAAUUGCUUUCAGAAGAUUUUAAACAGGAAUCUGCUCCAGUAAAGAGAUUGCGAAGAAAGGAAGUACCGGAUGAAACUCUAACAAGGAAAAUGAUUUCUAAUCUGACAUCUUCCAAAGUACCAGACUGUGCAGUAGAGACAUCACAAGGGAUGUCCAAUGGAAGAGAGGUAUCUAAACGAUCAUGUAGAAGAAAGAAUAUCGUUACUGAUGUAAACAAAUUCCAUGAAUCUGGUGAACAGCCAAACGAGAGCUCAAAACUAAAAGAAACCAAUGUGUGUCAUAAAUCACAGUUGAUAAAAGAAGAGAAAAGCAAUGGUGAAGAAAUGAGAAGGGAUGAAAUGGAGACUAAACUGCAUACGGCUGCGCUGAAAGAAUCACCGUCACCAAUAAAAAGAUUGCUGAGAAAGAAGGUUGGACAGAAAAUAACUCAAAAUGACGAAGAAAAUGUAAAAGAAUUACCUUGUACAAGAAAGUUGAGAAGAAACGUAAUGGAGCAGAAGUUAAAAGCAGCUAAAGGACCAUGUGUUCCAGUAGAGAUGCAUUCUGGCAGACAACAAAAACAUGUGUUGAUUGAAGAGGAAAGUGUGCCAUCAUCAAGGACAAGGGGAAGAGGCAAGCAAGCAAAGAAAUUGCUGACUAAAAUCGAGGAACAAAUUGACCAGCAGCUAACUGUGAGCAUAGCUGAUGUACAGUUGGAUACUACAAAUAAAAAUGAACCAGCCAAUGAAAAGGUCAAAGCUAAAGGUCGUCAGCGAGGAAAGAAUUUAGCUAAAGAAACUCCUGUUUGUUUGUCUGAUAUUGAAGGUGAUUCUGUCAGAGAGCUGAAAGCCCAUUUGAAUGUCACUUUUGAUUGCAGCAAGGUGGUCAAUAAUUCAGAUGAGAUUGAAGCUGUCCGACCGACUAGGUUCUCGAGUAAAGGCAGAGUUGGUAAGACAGUUGCAGCUGUAUCAGAAGUAACAACUGACACCAAAAAAACAGAUUCAAUAUUAAUUCCUGUAAAUAAAGAAAAUGCUCGGCCAAAGAGAAACUCGAAGAAAGGAAACUCUAAAAAAGAGAUCACAACAGAAUUGGAAGUGCCAUGUUUUGUUCCAAUUAUUGAAGAGGAAAUUGUAGAAGGAUCGAAUGUCUCCAAUGGAACUUCAAAAGAAUUUCUUCAGGUUGCGGAUGGCCAGAUAACAGAAUUGGUUAAUGGAAAGCCGCCUGGGGUGACUAUUGUUAAACGUAGUAAAAGAAAAAUUGUGAAGGAAGUUGCAAAGGAAGGGCUAGAAAUCAGCAAAACGGUUGAUCCCAUUGAGAUUCUCGGAAAGAGCGGUCGUGGAAUGAUUAAUAAAAACACUUCAGCUGAAAUCAAUCAAGAGUUAAUAAUAGGUGCAACUGAAAAUAAGCAGUUGGAGAGUUCAGUUAACAAAGUUGAAAAGAGAGCCAAGAGAGGGCAAAACUAUAUCAAAGAAACUGCUGUGCUUUCAGCUGCUCUCGCAGGGAAAAAUCAAGUAAUAAAUAAAAGAGGAAGAACUAAUCUUCAGGGCCAAACAGAUAAUGAUGAGAAUGUUCCACAUGGGAAAGCUAAAACGAAGGAUGAUGGUAGAGAACAAGAGACUGGUAUAUCAAUGGAAUCUUCGCAUAUCGCUAGAAGAGCUACAAGAGCAAAAAGAUCACGUGAAAUUACUGAAAUUGAUCAAGAAUUGCUUCAACCACUGACCAGUGGAUUGCUUACACAAGUAUCUGUACAUCCUUCAAAAAGAACCUUACGAAGCAAACUUGCUGUUGCAGAAACUACCGCUAAUGUACCUGCUAAGAAAGCAAAAAAAGAACUGGUGACCAAAAAGGAAACAAGCCAAUGCAGCAAAACUGGUAGAUCAGCUGCAAGAAAGGUGCUUUCGAUCUCACCCCAAAUUGUUCAAUCAACAGGGCGCAUAACCAGAUCAAGAAAAUAGAAAAUCCCAAAUGCAAUCUUAUCCUAUACGUAUGUACAUUGCUGAAAUUAUAUAAUAGAUGAAUCAAUCGGUGUUCAGAUUAUUUUUUUGUCCUUUUCAUGGGAGAGUAAUUGGUGAACUUGUUAUCUUGCAUAUUUUCUUUAGUAAGGUACUUAGGUAGCCAGUUAUUUGAGGAAAACAAGAAUAUAUUCAUGCUAUGCUAGAGUUUUGAAAAGUAUGAAUUGUGAUUUAGAAAUUAGUAGGGAAGGGUUAAAUCUAAAGCUAAUAUCAUUUGAUGAGCAGUAUGUUGAUUGUGAAGAUGCAAGGUCCAAUUGCAUAAGCCUUUAUUUCUGCUUUUAAAUAUUUGCAUCAAGUAUUGGAAUUGUAUUAAAAAAUUGCAUUUUAUACUUUCAAAUUUUGCAAAAAAAAUGUUGGCAAUAAAUUUUGUACAUUAAAAAUUCA